AUGUCGACAAUUAAUCGUAGUGUUCGUACUGCAUCCAGAACUCUUCGACUACCAGCCCAAUCACGAAACUUCAGAAUCCCACUUUCUCUGCGAAGUCGUGCAAACUUCGGAGCUUCAACAAGAACAACACCAUCGCUCAAACAAUUCUCCACCAUGUCUCCUUUGCAAUCUGGGGCCCCGCCACCACCCCAAGCUCGAGAGUACGAUCCUGAGAUUAAGGAUAUCGCCAGCUAUGUUCAUAACACCCCAAUUGAAUCUGAUCUUGCUUUCGACACAGCUCGAUUUGUUUUCCUCGACACUCUAGGCUGCGGUCUCGAAGGUUUACGAUUCAAGGAAUGUACAAAAUUGUUGGGUCCAAUCGUUGAAGGAACUAUUGUUCCUAAUGGCACAAAGGUCCCAGGUACACCAUUUCAGCUCGAUCCUGUAAAUGGUGCAUUCAAUAUUGGUGCCAUGAUCAGAUGGCUCGAUUACAAUGAUUGCUGGUUGGCUGCAGAAUGGGGUCAUCCUUCAGACAACUUGGGUGCAAUUCUCGCAGUGGCAGAUUGGAUUUCGCGAACAAACAGAGCUGGUGGAAAUCUCGGCAAUGGCAAGGUCAUAACUAUUAAAGAGGUUUUGGAAGCUAUGAUUAAGGCACAUGAGAUUCAAGGUUGUCUGGCACUCUUGAACUCUUACAAUAAGGUCGGUUUGGACCAUGUUGUACUUGUCAAGGUUGCUAGUGCCGCUGUAGUUUCCAAAUUGUUGGGAUUGAGCGAGAAGCAAACUGCAGAUGCAGUUUCACAAGCUUGGGUUGAUGGACAGAGUUUAAGAACAUACAGACACUCUCCAAACACCAUGUCAAGAAAGUCAUGGGCUGCUGGUGAUGCUUGCCAACGUGCCGUAAACUUAGUCUUGAAGGUCAUGAAGGGCGAGCCUGGUGUUCCUACAGUUUUGUCUGCUCCAGUCUGGGGUUUCUACGAUGUUCUCUUCAAGGGUAACAAGUUUGAAUUCCAACGUCCAUAUGGCAGCUAUGUCAUGGAGAACGUUUUAUUCAAGGUGUCUUAUCCAGCCGAGUUCCACUCUCAAACUGCCAUUGAAGCCGCAAAACGUAUCCGUCAACAAUUGGUAGACCAAGGAAAAUCUGCCGCUGAUAUCAAGGAGAUCACCUGCCGAACACACGAAGCUUGCGUUCGUAUCAUCGACAAACAAUUCAAGCCUAUGGACAACUUUGCCGAUCGUGAUCACUGCAUCCAAUACAUGACUGCAGUCAUGCUCGUUUUUGGACGUCUUGAAGCUACAGAUUAUACUGAUGGCGGAGAGGCGGCUACUUCUCCUUUGGUUGAAUCACUCAGACAAAAGAUUGCUUGUGUCGAAGAUCCACAAUUCACCAAGGAUUAUCACAAUGAAAACAUGCGAACCAUUCCAAAUGCUUUGACCGUCACAUUGAACGACGGACAAGUUUUGGAAGAGGUUGUCGUUGAUGCUCCAUUGGGUCACAGAUUGAGAAGAGAAGAAGCCAAACCAGAAAUUUUGGCCAAGUACAAGAGACAUUUGGGACCACAUUUCAGUGAAGCUAAGGUCAAGGAAUUGGUUGACUUGGGCAAUGAUUCUAAGAGACUUGAGGCAAUGGCAGUGGAUGAGUAUGUUGACUUGUAUGUAAGCAAGGACAGCAAGUUUGUUUAG